AUGAAUAUCUUCCACAUCCCAGAAGUUGUUGUUAGGAUUUUCCCAUUCCUUUCAACAAUAGACAGAGCACACAGCAGAUUGAUAAACACAACCUUUGAUGCAAUUUAUCACACAGAAGAGAAGAAUGACUUGAUUGACAAAUGGCAUAAAUAUUGCCAAGAACUUGCCCAUGAUUACGAUUCUCCUGCACUCAGCAAUGAACAAUUAGCCAAUUUAAUUAAUCAAUUUGGUUUUACCAAUAUGCAAUUUCACUUGAAGGUUUGGUUGACUAAUUGUGCAAGUGGCAGAUAUCAUUUCUCUAAUUUAAUUACCAUUGCCCCGGUUGAUGAUUGGGAAUUUGUUGUAGAAACACCAAUCUCUGAACGUUCAACCUUUCCCUUGCUAUUGGACAGUGAAUUUGGUGAAAAUCAAUGGCAAGAGAAUUUGAUAAUGGUUCAGACAGGACAUUUGUACUCUACAGUAGUGACACUUUUAGAUAAGAGAAAUGGUUUCUUUUAUUUAAAGACAGGUACUACAAUGUUCCCAUCAUUGAAAUGCAUUGGACAUAUCAAAGAUUGGAUUGAGAGUAUUCCAAUUCAUGUAAUCAAACCAAUUUCAUUACUUGGUAAUGAAGUUUAUCCAGAAGAAGAAAUGAUAGAUAACAUGAAAAAGUAUGUGAAAAUUAUGCAAGAAGGAGAUAAGAAGGAUCUUGUCGAGUUUUUGAAAGUGCAUGCUAAUUUCUAUCCAUAUCUCAGUGUUGAAUUGAGAAGAGAUCCAGAAAUAUUGGGAGCAGUCAAACAAUUAUUCGAAACUGAUCCAGAUUCUUUUAUUCAACGUAUUCCAGCAUUUUUUCCUACAGAAAUCAGAAAGGAUAAGGAUGCUUACUUUAAUUUGUUCAAUAUCAAUAGUUCUCACCUUUUCUUACAUCAUAGUUUAAGAAAGGAUAAAGAGUUUACAAUCAAAUUAAUGAAGCAUUACCCUUAUUUAGUAUAUCCAUAUCGUGUUCAAACAGAAUUCAUCAAUGAUCCAGAAGUGGCUAAACACUGGGUCUAUACUAUAGGUUUGGGUGAAAUUGGCUUCAAAAUUAAGACAAAGGAAGACAUUUUAAGGUUCUUACAGGUUACAUUGGAUAUUGAAUCAGUAGAGCCAGAAUUGUUGAACAAUUUAACACUCAUGGUUGAAGUUAUCAAUGAACACUUCCAUAGAAAUUACAAGACUAAUGAAUAUUUGGAGGAUAGAGAUGUAAUUCUUGAGGAAAUCUCACGUAGAAAUGUAAUUUUCUUAAGUAUUGCUUCUCCUGAAUUGAGAAAUAAUAGGGAAUUCAUCAAAUCCAAAAGCUUUGGCAUAUGUCAGUGGACUAAACUUAACAAUGGAUCAAAUCUUGGAAAUACUGAGAAAUAUGGAAGACGAUGA